AUGGCCCUUUUGUGCGGGCCCCCGGGUGUGCUCAGUCAUGGUGAGGGACAGCUAAGAGCUCCUCUCCCCAUCACUGAACCAGCCGGGCUAAGUCCCAACCGGAUCUCAGCCGAAGCCGUGAGCGACGCGCUGUCACGUACUUUGCGUAGCGAGGCUACAGAAGCGACUGAUGGUGCAUUUGCUUCACACGUACAGAGACUUCGCCUGAUUGUGUUGGGCCUCUUUGCAGGAGCAUGUUUUAUGAUUGUUGGAUGUAUGUUCCACCCGCCUGGUGGAGGAGGAGGAGCCCAAGCCAACAUGCGCGUACCCCCGAGGUGGGAGCCAGCAAUGGAGACCACCCUUCCGUUCAGGACGUGGAUGCAGGACUUGAUGCUGUGGACGAUUUGCACCGACCUCACGCCGCCGCAGCAGACAGCGGCCAUCAUCUCUCAGCUUGGAGGAGCAGCCAGGGAACUGGCCAGGACGCUAACGCCAGCUGAAGUAUACCAAGGAGGUGUAGUACACGGACAGCAUGUUGAUCCUGUGAGUUUCUUGCUUCAUGGCCUUAGUGCCCGAUUCGCGCCGCUAGAUGAGGAGAACAGACUACGUGCAGUGCAAGACCUUUUAUCUUUCUCCAGACGUCAAGGUGAGACCAUAGAUGCGUUGAUAUCAAGGUUUGACAUCACCCGUCAGAUGGCCCACCGUGAAGGAGGAGGAGCCAUCUCAAUCGAAACAGCUGCGCUGAUCCUACUCCGUGCAUGCGCAGUGACAAGCGAGCAGUUUCAGACGUUGACGCAGCCUUUCGGAUUGCGAUUGCCAAUGUCAGACCCCGAGUUUCAGCAGAUGUGCCAUCAUUUGCGAAGAUUGGCUCACAUCGUGGACCGCCAUCCGAAUAACAUUGCGUCAGGACUGCGACAGCAUUCACACUUCAGUCAGACGUAUCUUGCAGAGGCCGACACUGGUUCUUCCCACUCAAGUGAGCCGUGGCUCCACCAACCUCGCAGUGGUGAUUGGAGCAACCCCGGAGGCAUGGGGUCGUUGAGCCAGACGGAUUGGGCCUUUCAGGCAACUGUGACUGAAGGAGGCUACUCGGAGACUGACUCUGCUACGAGCAGCGACCAAGACGAGCCCAUCGCCAUGGACGACUUGCAAGGCAUGACGAACAGUCAAGCGGAUGAGUACUUGUUUGGUCAAUAUCAGCAAGCCAAGAAGAGGUGGCGACGCUUCACUGAGAAGCCUGUUCGAGCCCUGAGGCGAACGUUGCGCAGAAAAGGCAAAGGCAAGGGCAAGCGAGGAGGGACGGUGAGCCUUUGCGUUGCAGCACCUGCGGGUCAGCGUACCAUCUGCGUGCCAGAUGCCCUCGUAGGAGCGACGGUGACCACGCAGCAAGGCCCUGUAGAGAUGCACCAACUGACGCCUGAUCCCUGGACCCAGACUGCCGACCCCUGGAUGCAGUGGCUGAACGAUGCCGAGCCAGCGAGGACCGAGCGGCAGUCUUGGCAGCACAAUGCAACAGAACAUCGCACAGUGUUCAUGCAGUUCUCCGGCAUUGCUCACAACACGCCCUAUCAAGAGGCUUCGCAGGUGCACGCGUUGCGGUCUGAGGAAAGUGCUUCUCGCGCCGCUGCGAGACAGUCCAUAGCGGCUGGGGGAGCUGAGCAUACCGAUGCCGAGGAGCCAAGGCGCUCAGCCUUUCAGGGCUUCGUGUCGUCGUGCACGGUGUGCUUAGAAGAGUUCAGCUCUGGGGAUGAAGUUUGCAGGAUGCGAUGCGGACACGUUUUCCACACCAUGUGCGUGGGUGAGUUAGCAGCUCAGAACGAGAUAGAAGUAGACCCUCAGGGCUUGGUCCGCAUUGUGUGCCCGAACUGUCGCACCACGACGCAGGUGCUUCGAGCAUGGAGAUAUCCAGCUCUGUCAGGCAUGCACACUCCGCCAACACAGGAGUCAGAUGCUCAAGCCGAGCCCGAUAGUGGAGGCACGCCUGUCAGAGAUGGGGAAGGUUUGAGAGACGAUGACGAAGCGCCAGAGGUGCCCACGGAGGCGCGUGUUCCAGAUGCCGAGGAUCCGUCACUUGACAUUCCUUCUGCAUUCCCGUGGUGGCCAGUUCCAGAGCAUUGCUGCGACCCGCCUGAAGCGGUGCAGACCACUGCGUACCACAGCAAUGUAAGACUCGCCGAUGGCAGAGUGGGACUCCUAGUAGACCCAGGAAGCUAUGGCAACCUUGUUGGAGCCCAGUGGCUGGAAGAAGCAUCCAGGCAAAUGCCACACCUGCCCAGUAUGACCACACGCGCUCAGCCUCUCCAAGUGGGUGGAGUUGGCAAGGGCGCGCAGGUGUGCAGAGAAGAUUGCCGUCUGCCCAUUGCCAUGACACGCCAAGAUGGGAGCAUCACCACUGGAACCUUCUCGAGCCCUGUCGUACUUCAGAGCGGAUGUCCGGCUCUCCUUGGCUUGAAGGCUCUCCAGGACAACCGUGCCAUCUUGGAUCUCGGCAAGAAACAGUUGCAUUUCGUUGGUCAAGGCGAGCCUACGUUAGUCCUUCCCCCAGGUUCAGAAACCUUUCAGCUCGAGGCGGCGGUCAGCGGUCACCUGCUGUUGCCGUGCGCAGCACGAGGGCCAGCGUCUGCUGGAGAACACCACCUGUUUUCUGAGAGUGAUGCUGCAGAAUGCCACUUAGUCUCUCCGGCCGGGGAGCGUAGUGAACACGAGCGAAUCUGCCAGGAAGCAUGUGCCUGCUUUGACCCCGUGAAAGCAAUGCAGGUCGUUGUGGACAUUGCGUGCAAGCUGCAUCAGGGUGAAGGGACAUCCAGCAGUCAGCGGUUUGAGGGUUCCCAGGGUUUGAGCCUCUGUUUUGGUGCAUACACCUAUGGAGGCAAGCAGGGUAUAACCAAAAUCACAGCUGAGCGUCCCUGGCUAACUCAACUCAUUUGCAGAACGCUUGCGCACGCAGUGCCCGCUGAAGAGUACACCUCGUUCAUGCUGUUGAAGGACAGUGAGGCGCCCAUGCACAUUGACAAGUACAAUCACGGCAAGAACAUUGUCCUGCCCCUCAAGCUACCGCCACACGGCGGAGGCUUGUGGGUUGAGCUUCGCCCAGGGGAUAAAGUGACCGGUGAAGUAGCUGUGCACCAUGAUGGAAGCACUCAUGUUGCAGGACAGGUGUUCAAGCUGCAAGUCGGGGCAGUGUGCGACAAGUCCAAGAAGCACUCCUCGCAAUUGGUCUGUGCAUUCCAAGUCCUCCGAGACGCGACCAACAGGUCAGGCUUCGACGACGCAGUGUCCCGGCUGAAGCAGGACGAAUACAGUGCCCUGUGGGUGGACUUAGCCGACGCACGCCACUUCGGGGGGCAGGAGCGCACGUCACAGAUUUGUAGCAGACUUGCAGUUCUCUUCACUUGGGCAGAACGCCAAGCAGUGCCGGUCAUCCUUGCCGCCAGUCGACGUACAGCAUGGAACCAUCCAGGUUUUAAGCAAUUAGUAGACCGAGGUCAAUUUUACACAAGCCACCAUUCCUGGUGUCGGCUAGGCGCUCGCAUCAGCGCAGCGACCAGUGCGGCGAGACACAAGGUGCUCUCGACAAUCAGGUUGCCCAACCAUGACUGCCGCUGUUCCACUGAGAUUGAGCAUGUGUUUGAUCUCGACGAUAAGUCUCCCGGCAGUGCUAAAAUCCGAGCCCAAGCCGAACAGACAGUGGUGGCCAGCAUUGUUGCCGCCCUUGGCCGAGUGUUGGACGCUGGUCAGGGGUCCCCAAAACCAUCCGACCCGGUUGAUGCAACGUCAUUUUCCACAAGCACCACGACAGACUUUGUCUGUGCAACUUGUGGCCUGAUGCAAGCAGGUCUUGCCGUUUUUGCGAUGCAGCAGAAACAGAAGGCUAGCAAGGCCGCAGGCAUCGAGCCCACUGUACAGCGUAGACGCAAGCAUGUAGAGCAGCAUUUCGACGACUGUGGUGAAGACCUGUCAAGCCUGAGCUUUCCCGUCGCAGGCAAUCUGCUGGACGACUCAGACAGCUCAGGUGAUGACGCAGGCCAAAUUGCUGAUGCCCUUGUGAACAGGCAGCUGAAUGCCUUUGAGACAUGGACUAGAUGCGGCAGCACAGGUGAUCAGGUCCCAGCCUUUACACCUGAAACAGUCGUUGCCGUGGAUGUUGACGAAAUGCAGUCCAUACUGUCGAGUGCCUCGUACACCUCAUGGGGAGUCGAGAUAGUUGAACUGUUUGGCGGCCAGGGACUGACAUCACAGUUGUGCAUCCGGCGGAAGCUGCGUGCAGGUCACAACUUUGAGUUGCUUACUGGGGUCAAUCUCGCAGAUCCAGUUGUCCAACGUAAGGUACUAGGGUACAUAAGCGUCGCUAAGCCCUUAGUGGUUGUAAUGGCCCCGGUUUGUUCACCCUAUGGACCACUUGGCAACUGGAAUCGCAUCAUCAACCCCGGAGCCUGGCAACAGUCAGUCGGUAAUGCCGAGCCAUUAGCCGCGUUCAGUGGCCGAGUUGCUGAGGUGCAGCUCACGCAGCAGCGGUAUUUCCUAAUCGAACAGCCGUAUCCCUCCAAGCUUUAUGAGGUAGAUCCGUGGCCGAAGGUACGCCAACAUCCGAACUGUGUCCGUGUAGUCUUUCAUCAGUGCAUGCUGGGACAGUCUGUUCAGGGCCUUUUGGCCAAGAAGCCAACAGAGCUGGUUGCCAAUCAUCAGUGUCUGAUCGCAGCAUUCGAAGGACUCCAGUGUGACAACAGCCAUGCACAUGCCCAGUUGCUAGGAGGGAGAGCACACCAGACCCAACGUUGGCCCGUGCAGAUGUGUAGCAAAAUAGCUCACGGCAUCAAUGUUCUGACACGCAAGCUUGUACACGAAGGUGCACUUGCAGGAAACGCUUGCAAGAAGCGAGCAACAGGUGAUGCCUAUGUGACAGGCUGUGUGUAUCCUUCCGUCUCCGCAGGCACUGAUGAAGCAGGAGACUCACAGCAGCCCGAAUCCUCUGAGGCGUGGCGUGGCUGUAAGGGAUGUCUCUGGAGGCUGCACAGGGGUGAUCCCUUGCACUCUCGAGUGCGUGGAGUUUGCAAGUACCCAGAUGAUGAAACCUUCAUUUUUGACUGCCCCGGCUGCAAGGCCAGAAAGAACAGGGCUGACGAGGUCCACACGCCGAAGCUUCCGAGCACGAAGGUCACGAUCCAGAGGAUGGACCAAGUCACCCUGGACGUGGCCCUGACCGUGAGCCGCGUGUGCGGAAAGCGGCGGAUCUUGAGAAAGCUCCAUCUCCGUUGGUGGCAUUGCUCCACCGACAAAAUGAUGUCCUUGUUGAAGGCAGGCGGGCUAGGUAAGGAUGUGCUUGAUUUGGUGCCAGCCAUUGCAGACACUUGUAAGGUGUGUCGCACAUGGGCACGUCCGAGCCCGGAUGCAAAAGCAAGUUGCCGAAUGGUCAUUGGUUUUAAUAUUGAAGUUGAGGGUGACCUGAUGUUCUAUCGCCACCAAGGAACGCAGUACAUCAUCCUGGUGCUGGUUGAUCGCGGAGUGCGUUGGUUGGCUACCACACUCGUCUCCGACCGCACUACCAGCACUCUCCUCACAGGCCUCGACAGGGCCUGGACGAGUCUGUACGGACCAAUGCAGAUUCUCAUCUUCGAUGGAGAAACGGGACUUGAUGACGAUGAGUCCACGCACUGGUUCCAGCUUCGAGGCAUCACCAAGCGCACAUCAGCACCGAAUCAGCACACGCGAAUCGCAGAUAGGCGCAUAGCAGUGCUUCGUGAUGCGUUGCAUAAGCUUGGGACACAGCUCAACGCAGAAGGGUUGGCGGUUCCUUUUGAGCGCAUGAUGCACGAGACCACAUUUGCACUAAACGCCUUGUCAUCGGUGAACGGCCAGUCGCCAUACACGGCAGUGCUGGGGCAUGUCCCUGCCAUCCUACCUCACGAGGACUCGGUGGUGACAGAUGGGGUGCCAGACCGGUACUCCAGUCAUACGCAUCGUCUUCGUGAAAUCGCAGUCCAGGCGAUAGCGGAAGGAACGGCCAGGGAAAGGAUGAAGAGAGCCUUGCAUUCGCAGACGCGCCCCACUGCGGCAGAAAUGGAGUUCAAGCUCGGAGAUUCCGUUGACUGGUGGCGUGAGCCGGUGCUGAUGCCCCAGGCUGGAGAGGACCUGGAGUGA